AUGCCUGAAAUUGAAGAGCUUCUCCUUCCCCACAUCAGCCGCCUGAAAACCUACCAAGGCGUGUCCCCUAGCGAAACGCUGGCCGAGGAGGCGGGUAUCCCCCUCGAGCAGGUCAUUCGCCUGAACGGGAACGAAAACCCCUACGGACCCUCGCCUCAAGUCGCGGAGGCCCUGGGUAGUUUCCGCGACUACAACCAUUACCCGGAUCCAUCCCAGCGCCGCCUGCGUGGGGCCCUGUCCGAUUACCUCGGCGUUGCUGAGGAGAACAUCGUUGCCGGUAAUGGCAGCGACGAGAUCAUCGACCUCCUGAUGCGCAUGUUUCUCGCCCCCGGCGACGAAAUCAUCAUUCCGGUGCCCACCUUCGGCAUGUACUCCUUCUCUGCGGAUGUUGCCGGAGCCCAGGCCGUGGCCGUCCCGCGCGAUGACAAUUUUGACAUCGACAUCGAAGCCAUACGGGGCGCUAUCACCCCGCGCACCAAGGCGAUUUUCUUCCCGACCCCGAACAACCCCACCGGCAACGUGGUCACCGAGGCCCAGGCCCGCGCCCUGCUGGACACCGGCCUGCUGGUCGUUUCCGACGAGGCGUAUUACGACUUCUGCGGCCAGACCCUGAAGCCGUUGCUGUCCGAGUACCGGAACCUCGUCGUUCUCCGGACCUUCAGUAAGUGGGCCGGCUUGGCUGGUCUCCGCAUCGGCGCCGGCGCCAUGGAUGCCGAGCUCGCCGCGACCAUGAUGGGCAUGAAGCCGCCGUACAACGUCAACCUCGCCGCCGAAGUCGCCCUCCUGGCCUCCUUGUCCGACACCGGCAUCCUCCUGGAUCGCGUCGACGCCAUCGUGAAAGAACGCGGCAGAAUGUAUCGGUUGCUAUGCGAAAUCCCCGGGAUCACCGUGUGGCCCUCCCAGGCGAACUUUAUCCUUUGCAAGAUGCCUGAUGGUCGCGGCCUGGAAGUGUACGAAGCCAUGUGCCGGCGUGGGGUUUUCCUGCGCUACUUCGACAACGAUCUCCUGCGCGACUACAUCCGCUCCAGCGUUGGCAAGCCCGAGGGAUGA